ACUGGUGCUUGGGCUAUGGGGGAAGUAUGGAAAAAGGCAACUUGCAGAGAGCAGUGAUGUGCUCCUCAGAAGCACUGCUCUGUAUUUUGAAAUAGUAAUAUGAAAGGAAACUGGGAAAAGUUUGUGCUUUGCCAUUUCAGUCAAACUGCUGCUGAACUCUUGUACUGGUUUUUCUAUCUGCCCUGUAGGCAGAAUAAGGCAAAAGCCGUGGGUCACAUACAGCUGUAAUAUCUUUAUGGUGACCUGUGGCAGUAGGCUGGGAAGAUGCAAGGGUACAAUUUGUCUCUUCAGGAGACAAGAUGUGUUCUGCUGCAGCAGGGGAACUACAGGCAUCUGGACAAUUUGAGGCAGCAGGGUUUUUUUGCUUAAAUGACAUUCUGAAGGCUGCUUGCAUUUGAGAUGUUUUCUGUUUCUGCUCCUGUUCAAGACUGUUGUAACUAAAAAGCGUAAUACACAUUUAGAUGGGUAACCAUGGUGCCUCAUGGGAGCUGGCAGGAGUAUUACUGGAUGGGGAAGGCCCAAAAGCAGGUGCUGGAAUAAGCACCACAAUUUAGUCUGUAGUACCAAUUUGGAAACAUCUGUCCCCAUUUCUGCCUGGCCCCUGCCUUCCUGUCUCUCGGCCCCUAACGUGAACUCCGCCAGACAGUUACUCAGUCUGUGCUUUGCCUGCUCCUCUCUUCCCUUCUCUGGCACCAGACCCGUGUGCGCGUCUGGCCCGAUGGAUGCUGGCUGUGACGGUGCCACGGCAGCUGGACAUGGGAAGAUGUGUUCCCUCUGCCCCCGGGGUCUGCGCAGGCAGCACUGCAGGGACUGGUUGUGUCCCGAGCGGCCCCGUUGAGCUCAGCGCAGCCACGGGACGGGCAGCGCGGGGGGCCGGGGUGUCGAGCAGGGCUGGGCAGAGGCCGUGGGUAGAAGAUCCCACCCCACAUUCAGACAGCACUAGGAAAUGGCUGUGGGUCAAUCAGAGAGCUCUUCUUUUGGCCUUUUUAAUAUAAAUCUUGCAAAAAAGUACUUUCACAUUCAGCAAAUUACUUAGCCUUUAAAUGUUAACCCUUUAACAGAAAUUCCUCAGUUUCUCCAUUGCACUGAAUAAAUGCAGAUGCAGCUACUUUAACUCAAUCUGAUAAUCUGAGGAGGUUUUUAUUGGUUCUUGAGAUUAUCUUUAAAAUCGGGUACAGUAAACUCUGCUUUAUUAUGCCACUGCUGCUACCGCCUGAUCAUCAAACCACACAGCCUAAACUAUCAAGGGACAGGAGCACUGUGAAAAGUGAAAUUUCCUUCAAGCUGAUCCUGUCUGGAAUGGGAGGAGAUGUGUGGCGGCUGGGCCUCCAGCUGUGCAUCGCUGCUGUGCUGCUCUGUGCUGGAGGAAGGGGGAGAGAGUUCCCCGGUAGCCUGAGCUGCCUGAAUAACUACGUGACUGCUGUGAGCUGCACGUGGGUGACGGAGGAGCCUGUGGGCCAUGGACCUUUCCACCUUCAUUUCACCAACCUCUGGUCAAAAGGCCACAACGCCAGCUGCAAACUGACUGCCAGAGACAGCACGCAGAAUCGGUACCACUGCACAAUCCACUUAGCCAGCCAGAUCCUGGAAACAGAUGGCUAUAGAGUCUCUCUCCAAGGCAACUUCUUUGGACGUAAUCACAUGUACAUUAUCUUCCCGGAGUACAAUCCCUGCAAGCACAGUAAGUAUGAACAGGGCAGCUGUGGGCUGAGGCUCUGCCCAGCAGCUCAGGGUAGGCCUGAUAUGCUGUCUAGAAAGGGCAUCUCAAAGACAACAAGUGAAAACAAUGGAAACAAGGCAGAGUGCCCACCCUGGAGAGCACACUGUGUGGGCUGCAUCAGUAAGAAUGCAGGCCCAGUGUCUCUCCAUUCUGACUUGUCCAGGACUUCGGAGAGGGCCGGAGCGCUGGAGCACCUUUCGAGUACACUUCUCAUCUGCAUCAUGUUUUCUUGUGCCAUGGAUAAUAUACAAUUGGAUUGCCUCUAUGGUUGUUUUUUUUCUUAAGAAAUGAAGUAAUGAGGAAUUAAAGUCAUGGAUCUAAUUCAACAUCCCAUGACCUGGUACUUCAAAUAAAUGCUCUAGUAUCCGAAAUCUCAGAGUCUGUCUCUUAGCGGUAUCUUGGAAGAGCAUAAUGUGACAUUCAGAGUGGUUCUUUGCUUGCAGGACUAUCCCCAGGGACUAAUUUAUGUCAGUUCUGUAGCUGUUCUGACCUGCCCUGUAAGCUAAAUAGGUCUACUGCUGUUCUUAGUAUCACUCUUUAGACCCAGCGUUAUCUUCCAGGACUUUAGUCAGCCUACUAUCAUGCAUCUCCUAUGGUGUUUAUGUCCCAAAUAUUGUGAAAAAAUCUACUUCUCUAUUUGCAGUAAAACUUGAUCCACCUUUGAACAUCCAGAGCAACACCACUGCCAGCAAGUGUCACAUAUGGUGGAGUGUGCCUUGGUACCUUGCUGAAAUUCUUCAAUAUGAGUUGCAGUAUAAGGAGUCCGGCCUGUCCUGGGAGGUAACGGGAUGAGGCACACGUGCCUUGCUCUCGGGGUGCAAUGGCCACUCAGCUCGGGGCCCUGUGGCUGCUCACCGCUUCCCGUUGGCCUUUCUGGUUUCCCGCAUCAAGGCUGAAAGAUUUGACAUAAAACAUAAAUACUGAGUAUCAAUGAAUCUUCUACUUGCAAACCCUGCAUUCAGAAGUCAUCCAUCAUCAUGCAGGACCACUUCUUGCACCCAAGAAAAGAGGAUUUGAAAAAAAAAAAAAGCAGGGUGGGAAGAGUAUUUAAAAGACCAUCCUUUUACCCAGCCUUGUUAACAAAUUCUUUGUAAUAUUUCACAGAUCGCAUUGAACAAGACGUCACCCAGCUCACUGCCACAGAUAGAAAUUGAAGCCGCAGAGCUUCGCCGUGGCAUUGCUUACAUCGCACGAGUCCGCUGCAAGAUUUCUGAAGAGGAGGAUUCGUACC